GGGCCUCACGUGACGGUGCGGCCACGUGACCGCCGCCGCGCCGCCGCGCCGCCGCCGCCGCCAUGCUGUCGCGCCUGCUGAGGGAGCACCAGGCCAAGCAGAGCGAACGCAAGGAGCUGCAGGAGAAGAGGAGGCGGGAGGCCAUCGCCGCAGCGACCUGCCUCACGGAAGCGCUGGUGGAUCACCUCAAUGUGGGUGUGGCCCAGGCCUACAUGAACCAGAGAAAGCUGGACCAUGAGGUGAAGACCCUACAGGUCCAGGCCGCCCAGUUUGCCAAGCAGACAGGCCAGUGGAUCGGGAUGGUGGAGAACUUCAAUCAGGCACUCAAGGAAAUCGGGGAUGUGGAGAACUGGGCUCGGAGCAUCGAGCUGGACAUGCGCACCAUUGCCACCGCACUGGAAUAUGUGUACAAAGGGCAGCUACAGUCCGCCCCCUCCUAGCCCCUCUUCCCUUCCCCCCACCCCGUCCCUCCUACCUGGGGGAAGCUGAUAGGCCAAGAAUAAAACACAAGCCCCCA